AAUCCGGCGAGUACGAGUACGAGCCGUGGGCAGAGGAGCGCCGCGAACGAAUCCGACGGCGAGAGGCCAUCCUCAAUGCCGUUCCGAUCACCCCCUCCUCCGCAUCCGCCGCUAAAACAUCUCCAAGCGCAUUGGCCGCCGCAAGAGCCGGCGCUGGCGGUCUGACGGGCGCGAGCGGCGCAGCGGAGGAGCUGAGUUCGCCGUCGAAGACGAAGGAGGGCAAGGAGGGGAAGAGCGCGGAAAGGCGAGACACGUGGGGCGACGAGAGCGGGGUUGCGCGGUCGAUCGCUCGCCCAAUGACGUUCCUGCGUGGCGUGGCGCGGUUCUACUGCACCAUCUUCCUCCUCUUCCUCCUCCUCUCCGCCUGCCAGGUGCGCCCCUCUCCGCCUGCCAGGUGCGCCCCUCCCCGCCUGCCAGGUGCGCCCCUCUCCGCCUGCCAGGUGUAUUUCAUGUGGACGGAGGAGCUGGGGGCGCUGGAGGUGUCGUCCACAGGCCUCUCGUCGCUGCUCAACGUGAGCAAGCCAGCGAAGAUCACGCGGCGAGUCGUGCUCUCCACCAUGGCGAGAGACAUCAUGGACUUGCAAGCCUCCCUCACGGCCAGCAUGGCACAGCUGCGACAGCAGCAGGCAGCCCUGGCCAACCAGACAGCCCAGUCGCUGCAGGCCUUGGAAGCUCGGGUGACAGGUGGCAGCAGGCGACUGGUGGACUUCACACGGGCCAUGGGGGAGAAGCAGGCGGGGGAGGUGCAGAGCGUGCGCGCGCGCGUGGAGGAGAUGGGGCGCGCGCUGGCCAAGCAGGGCGAGAUGCUGGCAGAGCAGAUGGCUGCUGUCACUGCCCUCAAGGCGGACUUGGAGAUGCGCAAGGCGGCAGCCACCCCGCCCACCAACUAUUCCCUGUACUACAUCACGGACGGCCACCCUGACCUCUGCUGUUCCUCCCUUCCUUUCGCUGCAUCCCUCCCAUUGCACCCCCUGUUAUCAUACUGGAACCCCUGUUACCGUACUGCGGAUCUGGAGAUGCGCAAGGCGGCAGCCACCCCCCCCACCAACUACUCGCUAUACUACAUCACAGACGACCACCCUGACCUCUGGCGCCAACGCUCCUUCCGCCGCUACGCCUCCUACGGCUUCGUCAAGUACAGCGCCUACCGCGUGUCCCCAUCACGCAUCGCCAUCCUGGGUCUCGCCUACCGUGUGUCCCCAUCACGCAUAGCCAUCCUGGGUCUGUCAGCGCUGGCGCUGCAUGGAUCCCACCGGCUGUCGCUGUGCGAGUGGCAUGGCGUGGAUGGGUCCGUCAUCCCCGGUGCGCUCGAGAUGAUCUACGUGGGCGAGCACCAUAACUUCCUGGUGAGACUUGUCAACAACAGCACCACCUGCUGCUCAGGUGAUCUCCGUGGCAUGGUAUUUUGUGCGAGUGGCACGGCACGGCGUGGAUGGGAUGGGUCGGUCAUCCUGGGUGCGCUGGAGAUGAUCUACGUGGGCGAGCACCAUAACUUCCUCUAUGAGACAGUGGUGGUCAACUGUCUGUUGGAAUCACCUGUGCAAUCACCUGGGGGCUACCUGAAGGCGCGCAUCAACUCAGAGAUCCUCUACCCCUUCCGGGAAUCCAAGUCUGAGCCCAUCACGCCCUCCACAGCCCCCUUCAAGCACCACUUGCUCUUCUGUGGGCCGCCCAUGUACGGCACCAUGGAGCCACGGGUCCUGCUAGAGUGGCUGGACUACCACCGCGUGUACGCCGCUGCCGACCACUUCAUUCUCUACGAUGCCGGGGCCGUGGGCGUGGCAGUGCGGCGUGCGCUGCAGGGGUACCUGGCGGGGGGCGUGGUGGAGAUCACAGAUUUUCGCGAGUCGCAGCAGUGGGACACGUGGCUGUAUGGGCAGUCACUAGCAAUUCAGGACUGCAUGUACCGAUCGCGCCGAACAGCCCAGUGGGUGUUCAUGCAGGACUUUGACGAGUUCCUGGAGCUGCUCCCGCCCCUCACCAUGCCCUCUCUCCUAGACAAGUACCGCGACCGCCCCUGGAUCACCUACGGCUGCACUGUUUUCAACAUGUCCUUUUGUGUUGAUACCCCCCGCGACUCCUCCACCUCGAAUCUCCGCCGAACUGGGGACCUUCGUGGCGCCGCCACUGGUGGUGGCGGGCGGAGGGUGCAUAUGGAGGGGCUGCUUAUAGAGAGGAUGCAUUUCCGGUGGCCGCACGUGUACUGUAUGGACACACAAAAGUACCGCCCAGAGCACUGCCUAGACCAGGAGGGGCACCGGAAAUACAUCCUCAACCCGCGCAAAGUGCAGGCCGCUCAAAUCCACAUAGUGGUCAAAACAGAGGACGCCGGGGGAGGCACGGGGGCCAGCGGAGGGGAGGCUUCGGGGGAGGGUGUAGGGGAGAGUGUGGGGGAGAGUGUGGGGGAGAGUGUGGGGGAGGGAGUGGAUAUGGAUACAGAUGACAUGCGGCUGGCGCAUUACAGGGGUCUAGCCACUAAGGGGUCGAGGAUGUGUGAGCUUGGGGAGCCCAAGGACUGGUGGAUGCGGUACGACCGGGUUGGGAGGAUUGCUGCGGCCGUGUGGAACUGCCCCCUCGUUGCCAGUAACCGCCAGGUGGGGGAGUCUGCAGCAAGGCUGUAA